AUGGCGACCGGACAUCAUAUGCAUAAUAUGACAACGCUCCUCAAAAGGCUUGAGGCAGCAACCUCUCGCCUGGAGGAUAUGGCCAUGUCCUCCGACGGACCGACCUCUGCGACUCAUCCGAACGCUCCAGUAUCUUCUCAGGCUUCAGUUGCAGAACCGCCUAGGGAAGCAGCUCCACCACCGGCGCCGGCACCUACAGACCCCCCGCAAAUCGAGGACUUUGACGAUCUCAUCAAAAGCGACGUGCAGGCUUUUGUGGACCUUGGCAAACAGAUCGGAGGUUUAGUUGGAGAACAAGCCGAAGCAGUCCUUCAAGCGUUUAGAGCCGAACGUACCUUUCUUCUCGUCACGACCAAGGCAAAGAAACCGGAACAAUUGGCCCCAGAGCUUAUCACCGAGCUUCACAAAGCUUCUGAUAAAAUCAAUGCCAUCCGUGAAUCCAACCGACCUUCCCCCUUCUUCAACCACCUGAGCGCCGUUGCUGAAGGCAUAUUCGCACUUGGAUGGUUUUCGGAGGUCAAACCUGCCGCGUUCGUCGCCGAGAUGAUAGCAAGUAUUGAGUAUUACGGAAACAAAGUUUUGAAAGAGUAUAAAGAGAAAGACCCGUUGCAAGUUCAAUACAUCCAAGCCUAUUAUAAACUCUUUAAAUCACUCUCUACAUAUCUCAAUAAGCACUACCAGAGGGGCUUGACAUGGAACAACAAGAGCGACACUACUGCACUGGAUGCGUUGAAGGAAAUCCAGUCUGGCUCUUCCAAGUCUGCCCCAGCAGGAGCUGCACCACCACCACCACCUCCUCCUCCUCCUCCGCCGCCACCUCCUCCACCUGCCGACUUGGACUCGUCUGCUGGUGCUGGAGACAUGUCUGCAGUAUUCGCCGAUAUCAACCAAGGCGACUCCGUCACGUCUGGCCUGCGUAAAGUCGAUAAGUCUCAAAUGACCCAUAAAAACCCCAGUCUACGAGCCAACACCACUGUUCCAGAACGCUCAGACUCAACCAGCAGUUUAAGCUCCCCCGUCAACAGAGGGAAAUCCCCUGCCCCCGGCAAGAAGCCCAAACCAGAAAGCAUGCGUGUCAAAAAACCGGCGCGUAAGGAGCAAGAGGGCAACAAGUGGUUCAUCGAGCAUUUUGAAAGUAACCCGGACGUCAUCGAGAUUUCGGCGCAGCAGAACCAGUCCAUCCUCAUUUCUCGCUGCAACAAAACAGUCAUCAAGAUCAGCGGCAAGGCCAACGCCAUCUCCAUCGACAACUGCAGCGGCCUGUCCAUCAUCGUCGAUUCACUCGUCAGCAGCUUGGAAGUCAUCAAAUCCUCCAAAUUUGCGCUACAAAUUGACGGCGUUGUGCCUACGCUACUGCUAGAUCAGGUCGAUGGCGCCACCGUAUAUCUUUCACCACAGAGCAUCAACUUGGAGGUCUUCAGCAGCAAGUCUUCGGGAAUGAACAUUUUGCUGCCGCCUGGAGAAGGCACGGAUGAUGAUACCAAGGAAUGUCCUCUGCCGGAGCAGAUCAAGAGUUAUAUCAAGAACGGCGUGUUGGUUAACGAGAUUGUCGAGCAUGCUGGUUAA